CGCAAAGCAUCGCCUGGUAUUUAUGUCGCGCUCCCGCUGGAUCGACCACCAUCAUCAGCAGUUAGUAGAUCAUAGGAAACCAAGGAUUACCCGGGGUAAUCAUCAUGGCCUGGUCACGACUCCUGGCCUGGUGGCGCCUCUGCUUGGGCCUGCUCUCCGUCUUGGUCUGUUUCACACCGUGCGUCAAUCUCCAGUCCGCCGAGAAAAUCAACUACAAUCUCGUUCAUUCGUGGGCCGACAAAUUGGGCAUGGAACUGUUUCAUCUGGGCGAUUUCAUCACCAGGCGCAAGGAGGUGCAAGAGAGUUUCAAGGAUGCGAAAGUCGUUUCGCGGAAUGGCGCCUCCAUCGUCGAUUCGAUGGCCAAAGAAAUCGAAAUGAUGAUGGACCUCAAAGUCAGUGCAGUGAGGCGAAUUAUGGACACGGCUGAGAACACGGCUCUGUCGCAUCAGAAUGAUAUGGCGGACAAGAUGUUCUCCUACUACAGUGCCAAGGAGAUGCUGGAGCCCGGCGAUCCUGUACCACCCAUACCCACCCCGGCUCCGGAUAUGGAUAAGGACAUUGGCGAACCGCUGAUCUAUGUCCAGCCGAAGGUGGUGGUACUGGAACCACGUCCGGAAUUCCACAACACGCCGGUCAACUUCAGUGUCAGCUCGGUCCAUGUGCCAGUCAAUGUGUUCGAUCGAGCACCGGAUGUGAUUAAAGCAAUUCAGUGGUCGGAGAAUUUGGAUCAGAUAUUCCGCGACAAUUACAAAAACGAUCCGACAUUGUCGUGGCAAUUCUUUGGCAGUUCGACUGGCUUUAUGCGUCAAUUCCCUGCAUCGAAGUGGCGAAAGGACGUACCGGUUGAUCUAUACGAUUGCCGUUUACGUUCCUGGUACAUGGAGGCGGCGACGAGUCCUAAGGAUAUUGUUAUCCUAUUGGAUGGAUCCGGUUCAAUGUGGGGACAGAGGCUAGAUAUCGCAAAGCAUGUUGUCAAUACCAUACUCGAUACAUUAGGUACAAAUGACUUUGUGAACAUCUUCACCUUUGAUAAGGAAGUGCACGCAGUCGUCCCAUGUUUCGACGACACACUGAUUCAAGCGAAUCUGGGCAACAUACGUGAACUGAAAGAAGGGAUUGAAUCGUUUAAACCCAAAUCGAUCGCCAAUUAUACCGCUGCAUUGACAAGGGCAUUCGAGAUAUUAGAAGAGACCAAGUUGAGUUCGCGCGGGGCGCAGUGCAAUCAGGCGAUCAUGAUCAUUGGCGAUGGGGCGCCGGAGAACAAUCGCGAGGUCUUCGAGUUGCACAAUUGGCGGGACCCGCCGUACAAGCCGGUCCGUGUGUUCACCUACCUGAUUGGCAAGGAGGUGGCCAAUUGGGAUGAUAUACGGUGGAUGGCGUGCGAGAAUCAGGGCUACUAUGUCCAUCUCAGCGAUACCGCUGAGGUGCGCGAGAUGGUCUUGAAUUACAUACCGGUUAUGGCCAGGCCGCUCGUCUUGGGCAGGCACGAUCAUCCGGUGAUUUGGUCCCAGGUCUAUGCGGACGUCGAGGACACUAAACUCUCCGACUAUCUGUGGGACAUCAACCAGUGCGAGUACCAGAAGGCCGACGUCUUGGAGUAUUGGCAGGUGCACGACCAGAUGCUGGAGCCCAACGAAAUGCACCGCCGGAAAUACAGGCGGAUGAAAGAGACCUGGAACCAGCCUGUGGACUCGAAUGUGUACCAGUUUAUGACCACCGUAUCGAUGCCCAUCUACGAUCGUCGCGAGAAUGCGAAUAUCACCGAAGAAGUUUUAAUAAAUGAAGCACUCUGGGAAUUGCAAACACGUGAGACAAGGAUUGCGAAUAUACUGGGCGUGGCAGGCACGGAUGUGCCCAUCAAUGAAAUCAAAAAGCUGCUAUCGCCGUUUACGCUUGGCGUGAAUGGCUAUGCGUUUAUAGUAACCAACAAUGGUUAUGUACUAUUCCAUCCAGACUUUCGUCCAAUUUUCCAAGGCUACAUAUUAAAGCCUUCAUACAAUAGCGUUGACAUGAUUGAAGUCGAGCUAUUGGAUGACGAUCGGCCCGCCAGAGACUUUAAUCCAGUGCUGAUGACGAUAAGAGAUUCUAUAAUCAAUCAGUCGACAGGCAGCAAAUGGAUGUUGGUCAAAAAUCAUUUCGAUGAAAUGAAACGGGUGGCUCGCAUAAAGCGACAAUACUAUUGGACGGCCAUCAAGAAGACCCCAUUUACUCUGGUGAUUUCCUAUCCAGAGCAAUAUGGCGUGAGUCACAUGGACAUACGAGCUGACCAGGAGAUCCAUCGGAUAAGCAUUAAGGGCACAAACUUACGCAGCGUCUUCAGUGGCAAACGAUGGAAAAUACAUCCCGAUUGGCUAUUUUGCAAGCACAGCAAUAGGACAUUCAAAACGCCAGAGAUCGAACUGCUGUACUUUCUCGAGCGUAUGUCUGAGCCUGGCUGGCGAUGGCCGGGAAGUCGAAGUGCAAUGCCCCCGGAGCACGCAGCGGCCAUGUUCUCUAACAACUCAUCAACUGGCCGUUAUCCAUCAAUCAAUGAAAAAGAAAGCUACUAUUGCGAUCGACAGCUGAUGCAGGCUCUGGUCUUUGAUGCCCGAGUCACCGGAUGGUUCUCCAACAAUACCAGCUUUAAUUCCAAGGAUGACAAGGGCACAAGCGCAUCAAGCCCAAUAGCCGUUCUAAUGGGUUUGCUGCCAAGAAACGAAUUUAAGCAGCGCUUUGGUGUCACCGUAGCCUUUUUGGCCACCCACAGUGGUCUCACCCGCUGGCAUGAGUUCCACUCGAAUGCCGCCGAAGAAUCUGGAGUCGGCGAAACUUUCAGUCAGAAUAACACGAGGGCCAUCGAUGAGAUUUGGUAUAAACGCGCCGUCGAUCAACAUUUUGUCCGGGAGGAGAGCUUCGUCUACUCCGUGCCCUUCGAUGCGGGUGAGAGCAACUCAGAGAUCCUGGUGACCGCCAGUCAUGCCAUUUUCCACAAUGAAGGCGGCAAGACUGCGCCGGCGGCCGUUGUGGGCUUCCAGUUUCAGCACUCGGCGCUCUACAAACUCUUCCACAACAUCACCGGUCAUGCCUGUGCCGUGGAUGACAAAGACUGCUAUAUACUGGACAACAAUGGCUAUGUGGUCAUAUCGACGAGAGUACACGAAACGGGUAGAUUCUUCGGCGAGGUGAACGGAGGGAUCAUGAAGCGUCUGCUGGAGGAGAAUGUCUACAAACAGGUCACCGUCUACGAUUACCAGGCGGUGUGCUUUGAGUCCAAGAACGAUAUCAAUGCCUCCAGCAUGCUCCUUUCGCCUAUUUUCCAUCUGCUGCGCGUGGGCAAAUGGCUGCUGCAUACGGCGCUGUGGUAUAUUGUGCAACUGUUGCAGUGGGCGCCCGGAGUGUCCAGUCAUUAUGCGGACAUGUAUGGCGAUUCCAAUGACACGGAGCCUCCGGCGCCGGAACCGCAUCCAGAGCACCAUUCCCGCAACGGCAAUGGGCAUGGCAAGAAGGAUGAUGACCAGUGGUUGCGCUAUUUAACACUCCAUCGCACCAGGCUCAAGCCGUGCGACAUGAAGCGCGAACUUUACACACUGUACAAGGAGAAGGACAACGUUGUCUACAAUAUGACAGCCCAUGCAUGUGAGCGGCCAUUUGUCGUCCUGCCUAUCCCCUACAGCAACCUCAUACUGCUGGUCAUCGACCAGAUGUGUCCAAGGGAGGGCUCCGUCGUUCUCACGGUCAAUCCGCAGCCGAUCGACUACCAUCUGUCGGUCAAUGAAUCGCUGGCCUGCUAUAAGCAGGCAAGGGAGUUCAACCGGAUGCGACCCCAAAGCUGCAUCAGUCGGCACGCGAAUGAAAGCGGCAUCAAACUGUGCGGCAAGGCGUGCUCCGUGUACGCGAAUCUGGGGUUGCUGCUCCUCUGCCACAUACUCAGUCGUUGGCUGUAACGGAGGUCGAUGGAUUUAGCUUAGAUGUAGGCAAUAUGUUUUUGUAUUAUAUACGACGAAAGGGCAAUCCAGGAGGUGGGAAAUUUUUUACUCUAACGCUUGAGCGCAGUUCAAUAUUUUUGGUCACCUAGAGAAACUUUUCCAAAUUAGUUGUUAAGUAGCUAAAUACGAGUAUCUGUAUCCGUAUCCGUAUCCGAUUUCGUUACGACGACAUUCGGAUCGGAGACAGUGAAAGCGGACAGUGUGUGCCGCCUAUGACGGACGAAGGGGCUGGGCUUAUUGUAGACCUUCCAAUAGACAGGACAAACAUAUAUUUAUUGCAUAUAUAUAUAUAUAUAUAUUAUAUAACUGAAAAAUUCCAACAACGGCCUUAAAUGACUUGCAACCUUCAAGUAAGCUGAAUGCAGAGCGCCGUCAUCCAGGCGACAAAACUUAUGGCACACACUGUACCAAAUGCCGACUACUGCCCAUGGUUAUGUGUGUGAGUGAGUGAUUGAGUGAGUGAGUGCGUGGAUGAUUGGGUGCGUGUUUGAGUGUUAAUCCUAAUCUAAGAAGGCCACAUUUGUAAGUAACACCUAGCUACGAGUUUAUGUUUAAAGAACGGAUCAAGAAACCUAUCGGUAAAGGCGAAUAAUGGAACCAUUUAAUUAUAUAUAUACACACAUACAAACACACACACACACACACACACACAUACGAUAUUACGAUAUAUACCUACGAGUACGCCCGGUACAGUACAUGCUAACUAAUUUAAGUAGCUUUUGUAUAUUUGCUUAGCUUAGCCCAAACAAAAAACUAACCGAAUGUUCAGCCUCGGAGCCUUGGAGAAACUACAUACUUUUAUAGACAUUCGUUAAAAAGAUGAUGUAAGCCACUAAACAGAAACCGAAACCAAAAUAACAAGCAAAAAAGUAAUAAGAAAAAAGAAAACCGAUCUUAAGGCAUUGUUUUUAUAUACACUUAUGAUAAUGAUGAUGACGAUACCUAGCAUUACCCACAAGUACCUACAUAUAUAUGAGAAAUACUUUUUAUUACUAACUACUUGAUACGAGCCACAGAACUGAGCCGAGGUCGGAGACGAUUGAGUAAAAGCAACAGCAUCUAGUGACUAAAUUAUUAAUAAUAAAUACUACACUUAAACAUUGACUAGUUGAAAUUUACCAUGACAAAAACUAAAACCGAACAAAAACUAUCGUACAUCUAGACAAAGAAAAACUCUCAUCCGAGAGGAUGGAUCUCUCCUCCGAUUCGGAACAGAACUUGCUAAGCUUUAGCCCCCCACAUGUGUCCCCCAUGGUAGUGUAAUCAACUUGUGCCAUUCGAACUGCCUAGAAUUUGUUAUUAACUAUUUAAUAUUGAACUCAUAAGCGCCGUUUUAGAUGCGACUAACCGGGAUAUCUAUGUUAACCCCCCUCUCGCAGGUUGUUUCAUUACCCCAAUUCAUUUUGUACAUUGUACAUUCCGAUUGAAUACUGUACGGUAAAGCAAAUAUCAAACUAUACCUACCAAGCUUGCAUGGCUCUUCACCAGGACAUUAAGCCCGAUCUCAAAUUUAAACUCUCCUCACAAACAAAACAAACGAAACAAGACACACUCGCUGGCAGCCACAAUUGUACUACAUACAUAAACAUAUUUCGAAUUCAAUCAAAUACAAAUAAAAAAAACCAUUUGUCUAAUGUGCUAAAAGAAGAAACUGAUAAUAAACACAAAAUAAUUUC